CCAUGCAACCUCACAUCCAUAUAUUACUCUGUCAAGAACGCAGGGAAAACAGAGAGGUAUCUCCACGAUAUCACGUACUAUCGCAAAAGCCGAAAUGUUGGAAGUACGCCCCUGCACAAACGACGACUUCGCCGAUUUCGUUCGGAUACAGAUAGCCGCAUUCAACACAGGCAUAACCAGCCUGUUGAAACCACCUGAAACUGUGGAAAGUGUCGAGAAGGGUAUCCAGAAACACAUCAAGAGUGCGGAAAGCGAAGCGGACGUUACGUAUUUGAAGGUAGUAGACACAGGGCUGGGCGACAAAAUGAUCGCGGGUGCAAAGUGGAGGAUCAACGAAAAAGAACGCACUGAAGAGCAAAUCCAGUCAAUGCUGCCCGUUCCUGGGGAAGAAGAGAAGGAUAGGCCAGCGGCACAGGAUUUCAUGAACUACCUGUAUCGCGUGAGGAAACAGUACAUGGGGACGAAGCCAUUUGCCUUCCUUCAUAUGCUGGUGGUCGAUCCUGCUCAUCAGAGACGGGGAGCAGGCGCUUUGCUCGUGAAAUGGGGAUUGGAUCUGGCGGACAAAGCCCAGCUGCCGUCGUUCCUGGAGGCAUCGGAUGCGGGGAAGAAACUGUACACAAGCCUUGGAUAUGAGCCAGUCGCCGUGGAGACUUUCGACUUGUCCAAGUAUGAUUCGAACUUAUCAGGACUGGAGUCAAACACUGCUAUGAUGAGGAACGCGGUGCAACUCCAGAGAUAGCCCUACGAGUUAAUACAGUGUCAACACAAG